CCGCGGCUGCCUCCCUCGCUCACUCCCUCGCGAGCUCGCCCGCCCCCUCCCUCCCUCCCCUCCCUUCCCCGGCCCUGGGCCCCGGCUCCGGCCCAUUUGCUGUUCCGUCUUGUGGUAGGGAGGAUGUCGGGCUCGUCGCUCCCCAGCGCCCUGGCUCUCUCGCUGUUGCUGGUCUCUGGCUCUCUCCUCCCAGGGCCAGGCGCCGCUCAGAACGCUGGGUUUGUCAAGUCGCCCAUGUCAGAAACUAAGCUCACGGGGGACGCCUUUGAGCUGUACUGUGACGUGGUCGGGAGCCCCACGCCAGAGAUCCAGUGGUGGUACGCAGAAGUCAACCGGGCAGAGUCUUUCAGACAGCUGUGGGACGGUGCUCGGAAGCGCCGUGUCACCGUAAACACCGCCUACGGGUCAAACGGCGUGAGUGUGCUGAGGAUAACCCGGCUCACCUUGGAGGACUCUGGGACUUACGAGUGCAGGGCCAGCAACGACCCCAAGAGGAAUGACUUGAGGCAAAACCCCUCCAUAACAUGGAUUCGAGCCCAGGCCACCAUAAGCGUCCUUCAGAAGCCAAGGAUUAUCACCAGCGAAGAGGUCAUUAUUCGAGACAGCCUCCCCAUCACCCUGCAGUGUAACCUCACCUCCAGCUCUCACACCCUUACAUACAGCUACUGGACAAAGAAUGGGGUAGAACUGACGGCCACUCGUAAGAAUGCCAGCAACAUGGAAUACAGGAUCAAUAAGCCAAGAGCUGAGGAUUCAGGCGAAUACCACUGUGUAUAUCAUUUUGUCAGCGCUCCUAAAGCAAAUGCCACAAUCGAAGUAAAAGCUGCUCCUGACAUAACUGGCCAUAAACGGAGUGAGAACAAGAAUGAAGGGCAGGAUGCCAUGAUGUACUGCAAGUCAGUUGGCUACCCCCACCCAGAGUGGAUAUGGCGCAAGAAGGAGAAUGGUAUGCUCGUGGACAUUGUUAAUACCUCUGGCCGCUUUUUUAUCAUCAACAAGGAGAAUUACACUGAGUUGAGUAUUACAAACCUGCAGAUCACAGAAGACCCUGGCGAAUAUGAAUGCAAUGCUACCAACUCUAUUGGCUCUGCUGCAGUUGUCACCAUCCUCAGGGUACGGAGCCACCUAGCCCCACUCUGGCCUUUUUUGGGAAUUCUGGCUGAAAUCAUCAUACUUCUGGUGAUCAUUAUUGUGUAUGAGAAGAGGAAGAGGCCAGAUGAGGUUCCUGAUGAUGAUGAACCAGCUGGGCCAAUGAAAACCAACUCUACCAACAAUCACAAAGAUAAAAACUUACGCCAGAGAAACACAAAUUAAGCACUGCAUCUAAUGAUUCUAUAAGACCAUUCCUGAUGUGUGAAGUGUGGUCCCAUCUCAGGCACGUAACACCUUCGCAUCCUUGUGCUACUGAUCGUCCCGUCCUAGACUCAUUAAUUCACUGGCGCUUGUGAAAUGAAUUAGAUAUACAUAUAUGUACAUGCAUUUUUACUUAGCCUUCACUUAUGAGCUUGAACAUGUACGAAGAGGAACUUGAGCUGGCCAAGGCAGUGCACACCUGCUGACACCAGCACUCUGGAAGUGGAAGCAGGAAGAUCACCAGUUCAAGGCUAGCCUGGGCUACACAGUGAGAUCCUGUCUCAAAAAAUAAAACAACAAAGAGAGUAACUUUUCCUCAUCAACUCUUUCGUUAUUCUAGGCAAAAACAGGAAAGAUGGAGUAAACGCUUGCUUCAUUGCUUCCAUUUGCCAGAUUUCAAAAUAACAGCAUGGUUCCUUAUCCUCCAAAAACCACAAUAGUACCAGUGACCGGAAACUCACCAAGUUCAACAUAUUUACCAUUUCUAAUCACUGCAGUUAUCAAUCCUGACACUGUCCUCAGCUAGUGUCUCCUGAGUCCUUGUGAUGAAACCUUGGCAACCUCCAGGCAUCCAGCCUGCUCAGCUGCCUGCUCUUCCUGCACGGAUAGUGACACCCACAGGUCCUCCAGCUGCAGUGACCUGGCUGUACCGCUCACAUCUGGAGGGCACAGGAAGGCCCACUCACCUUGUUCUGUUGUGCAUCUCACCUGUAGGCUUUGGUUGUGCAGUCCUAUUUAACCUUAUUUUCUUAGUUGUACUGGGGUUUGAACUCUGGUCCCCACUCUUGCUAGGCAGGCGCUCCAUCACUUCAGCCAUUCUGCCACCCCUCUGACCUCUUUUUUUAAGGGGAGAUUUGAGAUGAUUAAAAACCAUCAUGCCCUUUCUGCCCAAGAGGGACUAAAGGGUCAAAAAUUCUGCUCCUGCUAUGAGAAACAAAGGACUGGACAACUAUGCAAGCAGCAGUCACACAAUGCACAGCAGGGGGCUAGGACCAUGGUACUUGGUAAAAGGACAGUGGAGUAAGCCCACCAUCACCCAGGCUUUCUGCCUGGCGUUCAUUUCCAGACUGACACAGAGAAAGGCGACCCAACAGAGCUUGUCUCUGUGAGUUGAGGAGAAAGAGGUAGGAAGUCAAGGUGGCCCAGAUGGCUGGAAUUUGCAGGUUGGACUUCCUGAGAGAAGACAACUACCUGGGAGCAGAACUUUGGAAGCCUGCAGAGAGCUCCUGGAGCCUCUGUGGCACAGCAGUCUGUGCAUUUGCAGAAGGCAACCCCACAAGAUGGCACAAGAGCAACUCUGCAAUGAGAAGCAGCACCAGGAAGUGGGAGCCAGGCAGCCCUAGAAUUCUGGGAAGUAUGGAGCUAGGGUAAAGAGAUGCCACUGAAUACAGAGGGCUGAUAGCAGAGCAUACCCACCAGUGUUGCUGAAUUAGCACUAACUGAAGGCUGCUCUAGACCCACCCUAAAAGAGAAUAAAGAUAAGCUUCAAAAGCCCCAACUGAUGAUAAGUAACUGGACUACUUGCUUAAACAACAACAAAAACCCACUAAAGAUAUACAAAAGAACCAGCACUCAACAAUAUAAAAAUCAGCUGGGCAUAAUCCUAGCUACUUGGAAGGCUGAGAUUAGGAGGAUCAUGGUUGGAGGCCAGCCCAGACAAAUAGUUCAUGAA